AUGAAGUUUCUCAGUCUUGUUGCUGCCUCGUUACUCGCCGGCCACGUCAGUGCAUUCCAUGGCCAGCUCGCCUCCUCCGACUACAUCAAGUCCAGUGACGGUUAUACCUACCAAACGAUCUAUUUAACGGACUACGUCUCUGGGUCUACCUACGCUGGGUCUGUUUACGGGGGCUGGAAUAACUGUGCCUCCUCGGAAUGUUGGGUCGCGUAA